CUCGGCCCGGACGGCAAGUCCCAGGUAACGGUGGAAUAUCGUUUCGGCAAACCCCACCGCGUCGAAGCAAUUGUAAUCAGCUCGCAGCACGAAGACCAGCCUGACCGGGAGGCCUUCCAGGCGAAAAUCCGCCGCGACGUUAUCGACAACGUCAUCAUACCCGUGGUGCCGGCUCAUCUGCUGGACGACGAGACCAAGUAUUACGUCAACCCCAGCGGUUGGUUCGUGGUGGGUGGCCCCCAGGGGGAUACCGGAUUGACCGGUCGCAAAAUCCUGGUCGACACCUACGGCGGCAUCGCCCGACACGGCGGUGGCGCUUUCUCAGGCAAAGACCCGACUAAGGUUGACCGUUCUGGCGCCUAUGCCGCCCGUUACGUAGCGAAAAAUCUGGUUGCCGCCGGACUCGCCGACCGCGUUGAAGUCAUCGUUUCCUACGCCAUCGGCGUCGCGGAGCCAAUUUCCGUCUCCGUCGAAACCUUCGACACCAACCACCUGCCCAACGAGCGCAUCGAGCAACUGGUAACCGAGCAUUUCGACCUGCGCCCCGGCGCGAUCAUCGAAGAUUUGGACCUCCGACGGCCCAUCUACGGCAAGACCGCCGCUUACGGGCACUUUGGUCGCAACGAUCUGGACCUGCCUUGGGAGCGAACUGACAAGGCUGAGGGACUGAAGCAGGCUGCCGGAGCCAUGGCAGCCGCCUCUGGCGACUGA